AUGGAUAUCCAGCUCUCCUCCCUCGCUGCAUCCGCAGGGAUGUGCUUUGUUUCAGUUUUCGCCAUAGUCUUCCUGGCAAUCACCUUCUACAUCCUCAGCAUUGUCGUGUCCUUCGCAGUUUUCUGCGUCAGAGAGUUCGCACAGAGAGCCCAGGACCGGCCACCGCUCAUCGGGACUGUGCUCCGUCAGCUCAAGAACUUCGACAGGCUCUUUGAUGAACAUGUGUCCUAUGCGCUUCUGCACCACACUGGUCGGCUGAUCUAUCCUGGGCACAGUGAGGUCUUCACUUCUGACCCAGCCGUCAUCGAGCAUGUCCUCAAGACAAACUUCAGUAAAUACAGUAAGGGGGCUUUCAACACUCAAGUCAUGAGGGAUCUCUUUGGGCAUGGAAUUUUCGCAACAGACGGGGAGAAGUGGCGACACCAGAGGAAGCUAGCAAGCCACGAGUUCUCAACUAAAGUGCUACGUGAUUUCAGCAGUGAUGUUUUCAGAAUGAAUUCUGCAAAACUGGCAGAGAAGAUUUCAUAUGCAGCAGCUGACAGAACUACCAUAGACAUGCAGGACCUUUUGAUGAGAACAACAAUGGAUUCAAUGUUUAAAGUGGGGCUUGGUACCGAGCUUAACACACUAUCCGGAUCAGACGAAUCUAGCAUUCAAUUCAGCGAUGCAUUUGAUGAAGCAAGCUCUCUUGUUUACUACCGAUAUGUUGAUCUGUUGUGGCAAGUAAAACGUCAUCUUAAUAUCGGCUCAGAAGCAAAACUCAAGAAGUGCAUUCAGAUAAUUGACAAAUUCGUGAUGAAGUUGAUCCAACAAAAGAGAGGGCAAAUGAAGAAUGGACAUGAUCAUAAUGCCAGAGAAGACAUACUAUCAAGAUUCAUACUAGCAAGUGAAGAGGAUCCUGAGACGAUGAAUGAUCGUUACCUGCGUGACAUAGUCCUUAGCUUCCUGCUUGCUGGGAAAGACACCACGGCAAAUACCCUAUCAUGGUUCUUCUAUAUGCUCUGCAAGAACCCCGUAGUGCAGGAUAAGGUUGCCUUUGAAAUAAAGGAAUCUGUUAACUGGGCGCAAGAAGAUAACAUAGAAACCUACUCUGCAAGAUUGAACCAAGGUGCCAUUGAUAAGAUGCAUUACCUCCAUGCUACGUUAACUGAGACGCUUCGGCUGUAUCCUGCUGUUCCAGUGGAUGGCAAGAUGGCAGAUGAAGAUGAUGUACUACCUAAUGGGUAUAGAGUGAUAAAAGGGGAUGGAAUGAACUACAUGAUCUACGCAAUGGGGAGGAUGAAAUACCUUUGGGGUGAAGAUGCUGAGGAAUUCAGGCCUGAAAGAUGGCUUGCGAAUGGAGUCUUCCAGAAUGAAAGCCCUUACAAGUUUGUUGCUUUCAAUGCAGGACCUCGUAUAUGCUUGGGGAAAGAAUUUGCAUACAUGCAGAUGAAGAUCAUGGCUGCAACCCUGAUACAUUUCUACAGGUUCAAACUGGAAGAUGAAUCCAAGGGUCCAGUAUACAAAACGAUGUUUACCCUGCACAUGGAUAAAGGCCUUCAACUACUCGUGUACCCCCGUGGAAUUUCAACUUGAACACCUUAACA